CGUUUCUGCAGCAAGGUCGUCAAUAGUACCAGCUUCGUCUGAGAAAGCUCGAACUCAAAUCAAGUUCCAGUAGAAACUGUCCCACGAAAAAAGAAAAUUGUGCAGAAUGAAGAUGGAUGAAAACAUCGAUCAGGAUGAAAAUGUAUCACGUUUUAUUUUCUUCUAGAGGGUCACGAGAAAGUCUUCACGAGAAAGAAAGUAGUCCCAAGAAGCUGAAAAUCCAACAAUAUCUGGAAGAAGACCUUUACGCAUGAGGCCGAAUCGACGAAUCGAUGAAUUGUCAUCAAAUCUCAACUCAAAAACCAUCACGACCUCCUGUCUCAAACAGUCCGCAUUUAGCCUGGAAAACAAGGAUGUAGUGAUGAGCCAAGUGACUUUUUACAUUGUCAGGAGAUACUACUGUUAGUUGCAGUGAUUUUCAUCCGUACUACAGAUACAUUCAUAAGAGGUCGUCUAAAUGAUCAUACAAAAUCAUGGGUGAAAAAACACAGCCGACUCAGGAGCCGGAAAAUCCUUCGGCGGAUAACGUUGCAGCGGUGAGCAAGACCUCCUUUGAAGAUAAUAACUCUGGUGCACCUGAACAAGUAGAACCCGUUAAUAAAGCAAAAGCCACCAUGGAAAAAGAUGCUAAGAUUGAAGAUGACGACGAGGGACAGGGUGGCGCCGAAGACAUUCUCUUGCAGGCGGCAUUAGCAGCCAGUCUUUCCGGCGAAAGCGGCGAUCUCCACGCCCUUCUCAGUAAUGCUGCCAUGACGGCUAUGGGGGGUGGAGCUCCAUCGUCUUCGUCAGGUGGAGCCCCAGGACAAGGAACAUCUUCUUCAUCGGCAUUGUCCGGAUUACUAGGAGGACAAGCAGGCGAAGCAGUCGACCCUGGCGAGCUAGAUGCGCAGCAGCUAGCAAUGCAGCUGGCCGUCCAACGGAUUCAGCGCCAGCUUUUUGGCCACAGUCUGCGUCCUGGUGCCGAAGAUAAAGUCGCUCCUGAAGAACGUUUUCGCUUCUUCCGCAUGGCACAGUCGCUGUAUCAUAAGCACAUGCAGUCGUUGGUGCAUCACAAGGCAACUUCUCUCUGUUGGUGGAAAAAGCCCACGCCUACGCCUAGUACAACUAGUACAGGCAAGAACAACAAAGUUGUCUCAACUACAUCAACGUCAAGUAGUAGCAGCUCAUCUAGUACGAAUGUAGUUGGUCAUCAAGCACCAGUCGUAGCUGAGGGGCCCCUCGCAGGUGACGUCUCUCUUUUCGUAGGGACUGCUCCGGUGCUCGUCAUAUCGAACGGCGAAGCGCACGAUGACGACGCUGCCUAUCUGCAUAAGGUGACCAUUGCACCGGAUUUCUUUGAGUCAGAGGACGCAGACCCACGAGAUAAGAUGCUGCGGACUGUUGCCGUGACCGGAGACGGGCCCACGGGGGCACGCGUUUUACACUCUUUUGGGCUCGAGGAACCUUUCACGACGCUUUCACUCGGCAUGCGACCGGACUCAAAUCUUAUGUUCUGAAGCUCAGUGGACUAACAAACAAUCGAUGCGAGUUUCAGAUUCAGUUGUUCUUGUUCUUGUACACAUAUGCGCUAUCCGUUUUUAUUCGUACAGAUUUCGAAGUUGUACUUCGAGUUCCACGUUGUACAUGAACAUUAAGAUUGAUCUUGAUGAUUGACAUUUGAACAUCUCUAAUUCCGCUCCCGAUGCAAAGAAGAUCCAGGAUUUUCUUGGUGGGCAGAGUGCCGCGAACGGGAAGAAAGCAGCGACGCUAGCGCCGGUGCUUGAGGAUGAGGAGCUUGGUGGAGGUCUUGGUGAGAAGGACGAAGAGGAUAUCGACAUCGCUGACGCAGCUGCCUUUCUCGGCACCGGCAAGCAGGACGUCCGACAUUUGUGGGAGGUUACGGAUUCCUCCGCUCAGGAGGGUGAGGUCGUCCGUGCUUGCAUGGUGAAAGUGCCCUUGCCACUAGCCGUUGCCACGGACUCUUGCCAAUCUGUGGACUACGUGGUGACGCCAGACAACGACGGCCCACUGCGCGCACGACAGCUGUGCCCCGAAACGGGCAAUUUCGUCGAUUUCCUCGACCUCCUCUUCCAUACGGAGGACUGCUUCGCGCUUUGCUCGAACAACGAAAGCGUGCUGUAUUCGGGGGACAACACGGGAGCGGUCGCACGCUGGGACUUUCAGGAGCUCGUAAACGGCACUUUGAUGACAACAUCUAGAACUACAGGAGAAAGGGAAACUACAUCAUCUUCCAGCUCCACGACCACUUCUACCCCGUUCCGUCCCCAUGCUUCUGCAAACAUGGGUGACGCAGUGAAUGACCUGUGUUUUGGCGGUGUAUUACCCUCAACAUCCGAGGACGUUGUUGAAAUCGUGUACGGGACCAGCGAAAAGGUCCCUCUGUUUGAGCUGCGCUUCACCAUUCCAAAAGGUGCUAGUAGCAUGAUAAGAGCCGAAGUAACAACGUUGAUCGAUCUCGACGCGUGGACGCGGUUUAAAGAAGCGGAAAGUGGAGACAGCGGAACGAGCACAGAGAAAAAAGAAGAUGAGUCCGGUUUUCAGCUCUUUUCUGUAGAUUAUUUCGAAGAUAAGUUCCUCCUCGGUUGCGAAGAUGGCGGAGUCUACGUCCUAGACAAGAACAAGAGACGGGCAUCGACGUCUAACAACAGUGCUGGUGUGAAAACAACAGGAAUAGCCGCGAAGCAGCUGAACCUAGAACAAGCGGUUUUGCUGUCUAUGCCAGGCGUGCAUGUAGGCGGCGUCGAGAGGGUGAAAUGGAAGAAGUUCGCUUCCGGUGACGUAAUGUUCGGAAGUUGUGGCCGCACAGACGGCUGCGUGAAUUUGUACGACUUGAACCGCGAAGAAGACGAGGAGGGAGAUCCGUUGCAAGGGGGUCUUCGGGAGGAAGUCGGGCACCUUCAGGAACAGGAGGAAGGCGGGGAGAACGAUGAAUCUCCCAUGAACAUGAUGGGAGAAGGGGAUUUCGAAUCUUCCAUAAUGGCACAGUUCCUGCAGGAUGGUGGAAAGGUAAAGGAUAAGGAUAAUCGAGAGAAAAACGACCAGAUGAUCCAGGCAAGUGGUACUGCUCAACAAGAACAGGAAGAAGAGCCGGGUUUAGGUCUAGAAGAGGUUCAACAACUUCUUCUUCGAGUUCAACAGGAACAGGAAGAGGCCGCUGAAGAAGAGGACGCGCUCCCGAAGGAGCUGUUCUUCCAACACCGCGGUCACAAGGGGGAUUUAAGGGAUUUCGCCUUCUGUCCCUACUGCGACUUGGCCGUCGCCUCCAUCAGCACGCACGGCGAGGUCCAACUUUGGCGAGUGAAUUCCUGCGUAAUCCGCGAUGAAGAGGAAGACGAGAGCGCCGUAAUCCUUAAGACAACUCACAAUGAACAAUUGUCUAAUUCAUCAUAUACAUAUUCUUGAUCUUCACAGAGUCUGUGAAGAUCAAGAAUAUUGGUUUCAGUUCUUUUCUUCAUAGUGUAUCAGUAUCUAUUAUUUGUUCUCGCAAUACUUGUCUCCUUCUUGGAGGAUUCAUUUGAGAAUCAAUAUGAAGGUAGUCGUACUAGCAGUAGAUGUUGCAUUAGUGAUAUUGAUUUAAUGAUAUUGUAACCUUUACCUUCUCUAACAUUCGGGAUAACUCCGAGUUCAGCGCAAAACGCUUAGCGGAACUCAACAAGGAGGAAUUCGAGUCCGUCCCUGUGAAGCGGAGAAAGUAGAUCUUCUGGAUGGGCGAAGGAGAAUGCGCCUACCAGUAGCAACGUUCUUGGAUUUUGGAGCAACAUUGGAUUUUCUGUCUUCUCUGCUAUGUUGGCUCUCGCUUCUUCUCUGCUGUAUCCCUUCAUCAGCUAUACAUAUCCCUUCAUCAGAACGAGGAGAAAGUGACAGUUGACUUGUUACAUUUUGGUUAAAAACCCAGGUCCAUGACUACAUUACAACUCCCCUCUGCGUGACAUGAUGAACUGUUUGUUCCACCCCAUCACUUCUUUCCAGCAAAGAAAAAGAGCCUCCCGUAUACUUAUAUUCGAGUAAGGUAAAUAGCGGGCUUCUAGUUGCAGCGAGUUGCUCGAGUUGCGAAGGGCUGCAACUCCCACCAUUUCUUCCCUUUUGGCAGUGAAGACGAGCCUCCCGUAUGGUUAUAAAUAUCUUCUUUUUAUGAAUGUGGAAAUGGAAUCAAUGACCUUAACUUGAAAUUGUCGAAACAAAGUAUUGAAGAAAUCUGACGAGGUCUACGAAC